CUUGGUAUGAGCCAAUGAGCGGCGAGCUGACGAACAGGACGUCAGCCAUUGGACGAUUCAAAAAGGAGGAAAUUCAAACACCAGACAUAACGUCUGCAGUUGCAUGUAUACAGCUCUAAGCGGACGCGUUACUAGGAGUUGAGAACAUGGCGGAAGGCAGUCCCAGUGAAACAUCUGGCCGUUACGAGUACGAUGCUCCGUCCUACGUGGUGGACUUCAAACAACUGGAGGGCACCGACGGCGACGACAGCUGGUUUGAGCAACAGACCACUGGAGAAGACCUUUUCACCCCAUUGAGACCAGUCAAGCCAGUGGAGUGCAAUGAAGAGCCCGCAGUCAGCAAACCCCCCCCAGUCAAGACUGUCGAGGAUGGUCCCAGCACAUCCACAUCAGUAUCUUCAAACAUAGUCACAUGCUGGGGUGCUGGAGCUUCUGCUAAUGGUGGUGCCAGACCAAAGACGAGGACCUCUGGUCAACCCCCUGCCCAACCACGCAGGGUUUCAAAACGUAAAGGGGCAACGGGCACACCAGCACAACCACUAGUCAAAAAGCACAAAAAUUCUGAAGAUCACGAGCUGGAGCGCAUCAGGAACCUCCAGAAGGAAGUGGCUCUGCGUCGCAAGAGGAAUGAAGCCAGUUACAAAGCUGCUCUGGCUGGCAAUCCACCACAGAAGAAGAUGGCCCUGUCAACAACUGUGCCUGAAGAAUUCCACUUCAACACAGACACUCGUGCUAGAGCAGCCUCUUCAACCAGCGCAGGCCACGACGAAGCAGACUCUGCUCCUCAUGCUCGUCGGGGAGCAGCUGACUACGUGCCCAUGGCUCAGGCAAUACAACAGUUCCAGAAACGAACCCCGGACCGCUACCAUGUGCCCAGUCGCCAGAAUCUGGAGAAAGGGCCGUGCCCAGUGAGAGGCGACCACCUGAAGCUCACCCAGCCUCACUCCCCACACCUGAUGACCCGCCAGAGGAGCCGCGCCCAAACCGCCAAGAGCAGCGACGAACUGGAAGCUGAAGAGGUGGACAAACUUCAGAAGAAAAAGUUCAAGGCCAAUCCGCUGCCCAAGAAGAUCAUGGGUGGUGUCGUGGGAGUACCAGAGAAGAAGGUUCUGCUGCCGACCGUGCCAGAGUCUCCAGCUUUCGCCCUCAAGAACAGAGUCCGUGUAGAGAAGGUUGAGGAAGUGAAACAACCCUCACCGGUCAAGGCCUCCCAAGUCCCUCACUUCGGCCUUCCCUUCCAACCUCGGCUGCCUCAGAAACACGUGGUGGAGGUCUGUCCUUUCUCCUUCGAGGAGAGGGAGCGAGAGAGGAGGGUGCUGAAAGAGAAGAAGCUGGAGGAGAAUCAAAAUGUAGAGGUGCCAGAGUUCAAGGCUCAGCAGCUCCCAUGCUUCGACACCGUGGCUCUCCCUGAGAAGAAGAAGCUGGAGCCCACCAAGCCGAAACCCUUCACACUGCUGACAGAUCAACGCGGAGCCACAAAGAGCAGCCGCCAGGAGCUGAUGGUGAAAGAGGAGCAGAAAUUACAGGAGGAAGCAGCGACGUUCAAAGCCAGACCGAACCUGGUCACACACAAAGAGCCUUUCCAGCCUAAAAAGGAGCACAGGGCUGCAGUCGCCGUAGAGUCCUUCGAGCUGGCGACAGAGCGGCGGGCCCGGGAGUGGGAGGAGAGUAAGCAGCUGGCCAGCGAGAGGGAGGCACACAGGGCGCUCAUGGAGGAGGAGAAGAGACGAGAGCAGGAGCAGUGGGCAAAGGAGGAGAUCACCAGACUGCGACAAGAACAGGUUCACAAGGCUCAGCCCAUCAGACACUACAAACCUGUAGCUCUGAAGAAGAGUGAGACUCCUCUCACUGUUCCCAAGUCACCCAACUUUAGUGACCGCUUCGGAUUGUGAGCCUCGCUUUGUAUUAUACUGUACCUCUUCUGUUCUUGUCUGUACUUUGUCUGUUGUGCUCAAUUUUUUUAUAUGAAAUUCUGACCAAACCAACUUAUAGUAGCAAUUUAUUAUUACUUUAUUAACAUGCCAAUUUCAGUUUUAAAGGAAAGGUUCACAAUUUUUCAAGUGUCUUUAAAACA